GAUAUUACUGACCCAUUACUGCGGAACCACCAAAAGCACACAUUCAUGUCAUAUUCGUAUCCAGAAGAAAAAAAAGGGGUUUUGACUGGAUCCGAGGAGUAUUUAUAUAUCGUCGUCGACGACUCUAAUCUCUAUAUUGAGGGAAAGUACACCGUCGGCGAAAUUGAGCACUUGGACGUUUAUGACUACAAGAGAGAAUCUUUACGCUUCGACCAGCUUCGGAUUGAUUAUGGACGCCUUCUCAGAAUAAUUCAGGGUGAACGUACAUUGGGUGAACGUCCAAUCGUUGUUGGUUCUAUUUCGCCAAGUGAUACACUGUGGCAGCGGAUUCGAGAUGAAGGCUUCACAGUAAAGACGUACCCUCGGAAUGCUGAGAGCCAUGAGAAAAGGGUCGAUAUGAAAAUUGGACAAUAUAUAAAUGGAAUCUUCUACAAUAAGGUGCCUAGUGUGUUGGCACUGGUCGAUGGUGAUGAUAAAUUCCAACCUGUAUUACAGGACGCCGUUCAGUUAGGGUGGACGGUCGAGAUAUACUUUGGAAUUCUGCUAGACGAACCUAAACCGAAGGGCCCGGUUUUCCAAUCUCUGGGCAAUUUCUACAAAACUCUCUCAUAUGGCUACGGAGCUGAAGGUAAUACUAAAGCUACGGACCUGGCGGAACCCCAAAGAAAAUGGGAAUCCUUGAGCUCACUGGCGAUGGCAUUUCUCAUUGGGGAACCAACGAGAUAA